GUUCAUUCUUCAAUCUGUCAGAUGAAAAGGGUGUUUUUGUGUUGGAAUUUCUAUACGGCUGAUUAUUAUUUCCUAAUUUGAUUACAAAGAAGCACUUUGCUGGCCACCAGACACAAUGGAGGCGGUUCCGCGGCUGCCGAUGUUGAGCUUCGACAUGAAGCAGAGUCACGAGCCCACCUCCUUCAGCAGCCUGAAGCGCUACAUCACUGAGUUCUAUCACGAGGACCCUGAGUCGUAUGCCAAGGAGUUCCAUGCGCUGGAGAGUCUGCGAAACAGCGCCGUGCGCCCCAGUCACGACAUGGACGGCUGCUCCACCAUCAAGAGGUACUAUUGUCAGCUGCACUCGCUUGUGCACCGCAUCAUUUGCCACACGGGCGACCAGGUCCACCUGAGCUUCGCCUGGAAGGACAUCUACUCCGGCACGGCGGUGACUUUCUCGGACAUCAAUCAGGAGAUGGCGGCGGUCAUGUACAACGCUGGGGCGUUACACUCUCAGCUGGGCGCCGAGUGUGUCCGGACGAAUGACGAGGGCAUGAAACUGGUUUGCACGCAUUUCCAGUGCGCCGCUUGGGUGUUUGGUCACUUGCGCGAUAACUACAAGGGUAUGGAGAUGAGUGACAUGGGCAGGGAUCUGCUGCUGUUCAUGCAGCAGCUCUCCUUUGCUCAGGCGCACGAGUGCAUCCUGGAGAAGAGCCUGACAGACAAUAGGAAGGCCGCCACAGUAUCCACUGUGGCCAGUCACAUCAUCAAUUUCUACGUGACAGCUUUGGGGGCGCUCACGACGGGCGGCGACGAUGGUGUGGUGUGCGAAAUGGUGGGCAGCAGAACUUACAAGGAGUGGAAGCGCUAUGUGAAGUUCAAGAUCGCCUACCUGAGCGCGAUUCUGUAUCUGUACCAAGGGCAGCAGUACGAAGAGAUGCAGAAGAUGGGUGAGCGCGUGACACUCUUCCAGGCGGCCUUCGAUAAGCUGGAGGAGGCGAGGAAGGAGAGCAAGGGAAUGCAGGGCCAGGAGCAGAUUGCCGAGGCAUUGGUGUUCACCAAUGAUGUGAUUGAGGCGAAGAGGAAUGCGGCGAAGAAGGAGAAUGAGUACAUUUACCACGAACAAGUGCCGGAAUUGUCUGCCAUUCCGCCGGUGAAAGUGGAGAAGAAGCUGAUGAUGAACGGGAUUGGAUUCAAUCCGUCAGAUCCGGAGUACGUGAACAAUGAUAUCUUCCAUCGCCUCGUGCCGUUGGAGGCGCACGAGGGCAGUUCUCUGUACAGUGAGGAGAAGGCGGCACUGCUGCGUCAUGUUGGUGCGCGCGUGGAAGAUAAGGAUGCGGAGUUGAAUGCUUUCGUGAGUUCGCUGAAUUUGGAUCCGCUGCAGUUUGACAACAGCGUCAAGUUGCCUCAAGGCAUUGUCGAUCGCUGUGCCGCUCUGCACGCGCGUCCGACUGCCAUCAGUGACUUGGUGGCGUCGAUGUCGAGCCUGGCGGAGUCCUGCUCGGACGUGGAGUCGAUGCUGCAGGAGAUCAGGGAUAUGCUGGAGGAGGAGGACGCUCGUGAGAAGUCGUAUCAAAAGACAAUGGGUGCACGACCGAGUCAGCACUUCUCAGAACUGAUCAGGGAGUUCCAGAAGUACCAGGAGGCACACAACAAGGCGGGUGAGAGCAAUGAGACCCUAAGGAAGGCCAUGGGACUGCACGUGUCGAAUCUCAAGACGCUGGCACAGCCGCUCAGCGACAUAACAAGUCUGGUGCCGGUGAACAAGGAGGCGACGGAUGAGAAGCAGUUUGAGAAGCUGAAGCACUUGCUCGCCAAGGUGAACACGAUGAAGACGCAGAGAGCGGGAUUGGUGCAGGAGUUCAGGGAUGGCGUAACAGCGGACGACAUCACGGGGAAGAUCGUGACGUGGGAGAAGAAGCUGGAGAAGUUGUUCAAGAAGGAAUUGGCGAAGCACGACAAAGUUGUGGCGCUGAUUGAGCAGAAUCUGGCGGCGCAGGGGAACAUCAUCAAGGCACUGACGGAGGCAUAUGCUGAGUGUGCUCCAGACAUGAAGGCAUUGGUGGAGACGAAGCACAAGAGGGAGCACUUCUACUCCUCAUUGGCGGCCUCCUAUGACAUCUACGAGGAUCUGCUGGGCAAGAGUGCCAAGGGAUUGGAGUUCUACCGGAAGUUACAGGGCAAUGUGCAGAAGCUGCUGACCAGAAUCAAGGCGGCCAGAGAUGUGCAGGAGGAGGAACGUCAGCAGCGUCUCAAGUCGACCAGUGUGACGCCAACACCCGAAGUUGUCAGUGCGACUCCUGCCGUGACUGUGGCCAAGAGUGGGCCGAAGCUGAAGGACUACCUAAAGUCCGAGACUUCCUACAUUCCGCCCGCGGUGAGGCCAAAUCCCCUGGGAUCAGAGAACACCUCCGCCUCCACCUGCGCGACGACGACCAGCUCGGACAAGUUCAUGUCUCAGACGGUAGCCGGCGGCUAUCAGGGCUACUACUUUGCUCCGGAGGCGGUGAGUCAGUAUUACGUGCAGCAGCAGACGUCACAGACGCAGUCCGGCUACACGAAUCCCAUCUACCAGUCCCAGUACUACUACACAACAGCCCAGGGCAGUGAGGCAUUCACACAGCCCGUGACGCAGACAUCCAGCAGUGCUUAUCAGGCGCCGCAGCAGCCCCAAGUCUCCUACAAUUUCUAUGGGGAGCAGCAGAUGACGAAUGGCGCUUCCUCGGUCAAUAGCUAUUCGGCUGGUGUCCAGCAGGCGCCACCGAUGACUACACAUUCCACCAGUAGCAUUCCUGCCGGUGGUCACAUGUCAACGUGCGUGGAUCCUCAGCAAUCGACAUUCUACAACCAGUCCGGAUACGGUUAUCAGACAUCGUACGCCACAGCCGACCAGCAGAGUCAGAUGUACUAUCAACCAGUGCCGUCGCCGGGUCCGGCGCAGACCAGUGAUGCUUCCGUGGCUAGUCUGACGCAGCAAGUGAGCGGAAUGAGCAUGAAUCAAGGCUGGGAUCCGAUGACUUACGGCCAGAAUGCGACGAGUGACGCUGCGGCAUCGGUCGCUCAGACUCCGUACGCUUAUGGAGGACAGAUGUACGGACAGUACAAUCAGCCAGAUCAAUAUGCGCAGGCCUACAGCACGCCAGACACUUCGCAGAUGCCGCAGAACUACCAGCAUCCGAUGUCCAGUCAGUAUUCCAUGGGCCAGAGCCAGUCGUACGCCUCCCAUCCGGGCUAUGUGUACAAUCCGAUGACGGGCGAGUACCAAUACGCCAGUGGGUAUCAGAUGGAAGUCAACACCACGGCGCAGUACAUUCAGAAUCACUACACGAACGCCGGCGAAGCUGGAUAUGGACAGACGGUGGCCAGUUCGACGGUUUACGCCGCUACACAGGCCUACGAUUCCUCCCAGUAUACGAACCCUGUGAUGCAGCCUAUGCCGCAGGUGCAGGGCCAGAUUUCCUCGCCACAAGUUCAGCCCGGAACACCAGCUGCAGUUGAAGCCAAGCCUGAAACUCCCGCUGUCAAGGCUGAACCGUCAGUGGCGCCUCCAAUUAAGGCGUCUAAUCUGGAUCUCCUGUCGGGAAUUGACUUCACAACUCCAGACAUUCCGGCCACGCCACUCUUGCAGCCCAAAGUCGUCUCGGCGACAGCCAAAGAAGAGCCUGCGAAAGUGGAGACAAACGUGGACAUCUUGGCGAAUGUCCUGGUGCCGGAGAAGGAGGUCAAAGUGGAGCUUGUGGAGGCGCUUCCAGUCAAGCCUGCUGCUCAGAGUGGCGGUUUUGAGAGGAAGAUGAGCGGAGAGAAUGCGUCGAUUCUGUCUCAGCUGGAUUCUUUGGAGCAGUCUUUCAGUGAGACGUCAUCCGUGAAGACGGAGGACUUGGGCGUGAGCGAGGCGAUCCUGGGGAAGUACAAGGAUGCCCUAGACGAUCCCAGUGUCCUCAAGUGGUUCCACAAGGAGGUGGAACGAAUGGAGAAGUUCAUCGAGGGUGUCAGCAUCAAGACACUGAACGGAUCCACUCCGUUGGACACAAAGUGGAAGGAGUUGCAGGAUUUGCUUGUGAAGGAUGAGUCUAAACGUUCCAUCACGGUGGCGAAGUGGUUCUACGAGAAGAAUUGGAAGAAUCUGAAGGAGGAUUAUGUGCCGUACGAUCACUCAAGAGUGAUCCUGCCGACAGAAACGGAGGAUUACAUCAAUGCUGCUUACGUGAGGAUCCCAGCGGAUGGAACUGUGGAACUCGGGCCGGGUUGUCCUCAGUUGAUUCUCGCUCAGACACCCAAAGCGACCACCUUUAAAGACUUCUGGUUCAUGGUUUGGUCACAGAAAUCUCAGCUUGUUGUCUGUUUGCAUCCGCCAACUGAGAUGCUGGACACCUUCUGGCCGACUCAGGUGAACGCCGAAGUCACGCACGGGGAUUUUUCCGUUACGCUGCAGCGUCAGUUUGAUCUGUCGCACUGUCUGGAGCUGAGUUUGAGGGUAACAAUGCUGGGCAGCGAUGCCAUUCACUACUUGAGUCUGCUGCAGAUGAAGAUGCCGUGGGGAAAGGGAUCUUGCGGGCAGAUCUUGGGCAUUGCCCAGAAUGCCAUUGACACGAUGAGGAGGCAUCAGGCUCAGGACGGACCGGGAAAGUCCUGGCCGCUGAUCAUCAACUCCCUGACCGGGGCCGAUCGCUCGGGAUGUCUGGCUGUGGCCAUUACAGCCAUCCUGGCGGCGCAGUCCAGACGCCCGACUCUCAUCAAUGUGGUGGAUGUGUGGUACAGGAUCUGCUCGCAGAGGAAAGGCGCUCUGGAGGAUGCUGAGAACCUCUUGCUGUCCUACAAAAUUGUCCUCUCUCACGGCCAUGAGCUGCUGAACAAGCACGGCAUUAUGACGUCGUACCAGAUGAAGACGGCGCAGACAGCCACCGUGGAGGCCAAGCAGGAGACCAUCGAUCCACUGAGUCAGCUGGAUCCACUCUGGAAGCUGAAGUGAAUU